AAUCUCUUUCAGGUGGACCCAAAGCAUACCUUUUUUCCGUUUUUCUUCCGUUCAAAACCCACACAGCUUCGUCGUGGAAGCCAGCCAGAGCGAGACAGAGAGAGAAGGAGACCCAAGCAAUGAGCAAAUCCCCAAACCAAUCGCAGCCCCGGCAAGAGAACGAACGCCGGCCGCCGCCUCAACAAGCGGCCGCGUCUGCUUCUCGAACUCCUAUGCAGAAGAUCAACUCCAGCGCAAAAGAACCCUACUUAACAAAGGCGUUUGGAUUCUCUCGCCAUUCCCUCUCACGCGAUCCAGAGGACCCGAUUCUACCGCUCCCAACCGACGAUGUAUUUGAAUCACCGGCGGCGAAUUCCCCCCAUCGUUCGUCGAAGGAGAGCUCUCUCGACUCCCCAAUCCGAUCCCCUGUGCGACGAUCGGAGAAACAGGUACCAGUACCGAUUCCACAGAUAAACAGAGAGGCAUCCUUUCCGGAUUCACCUUUCCGAUCCCCGAUAUGGGAAGCGGAAAACACCUCUCCUCCUGCUUCGCAGCGGCCAUUGUCCACUCAAAACAAGAAGACAUCGAAAUCAGCGGAAGCAGAUGAGACGGUAAUUGUUACGCAUCAUCAAUCGGUACCCGAACAUCCCGGAAGCCCGAUGUUGCAGUCAGAUGGAUCGCCGGAGAAAACAGCGUUGGCCAACAGGAUGGCGGCGCCGGCGGCGACGAUGGCGACGAAGAUGAGCCGGGGUGGGGUGAAUGAUAUGAGUAUGAAAUCCGGAAUUAUACGAUCGGCAGCUAUGAGGAAGGCUGAGUUCGGGCUUAGGGUUUUGGAGGUGAUCCUCUGCUUGGUCUCGUUCUCGGUGAUGGCGGCCGAUAAAACCACCGGUUGGGCCGGCGACUCGUUCGACCGCUACCAAGAAUUCCGGUAUUGUUUGUCAGUGAAUGUUAUAGGGUUUGUGUACUCGGGGUUUCAAGUGUACGCCCAAUUUCACCGCAGGAUGAUGAAGAGACGCAUCAUAGACCGUCCAUUGAGUGACUAUUUCGAUUUCUCCAUGGAUCAGGUUUUCGCUUACCUACUGAUGUCAGCGUCGUCGGCCGCAGCUGCCCGUAACGACGAUUGGAUCACCAUGUUUGGGAGUGAUAAAUUCACAGAAAUGUUGAAUGGUUCCAUCGCCAUGUCUUUCCUCGCUUUCAUGGCUUUUGCAUUAAGCUCCAUAAUUUCUGCUGACAAACUCUUCAGCUGGAAUCCUUGAGACCACAGCAGUGCUUAUGUUAAGGUUUUACAGUAUGGUGUAAAUUUCAUAUACACGUUUGAUAAAUGUUUAUAGUUUUUUUCUUGUCUUGAGAAAUUUACAUUCCUGUCAUGCAAGAAAGAGUUAUUAACAGGGAGUGUGUAUUAUUUUGCCAUUGCCAUUUCUUAGCAGGUGUAACUAAGUAACAGAAUUGUUUAGGCUGGCAAUAUGUAUUUGUUUAUUUUUUUGCAAGAUAAAUAAAGUGCAAGUAAAUGUUGA